AUGUCAACGGAAACUUCAGCAAAUAACAAUAGCCGGAUCCAACAAGAUUUUAUUACGGCCAUUUUCAACGACAAUGCCGACCGCGACGCACUCCUCCAAAACCAACACAUUGACAACCGCGCCCUGGUGUCCACUUUGAACGGAUUAGAAGACCAUACGCAUAUUUUACAACAACAAGUGUUUGAAACCGUCCGUGACAAUUUGGACAGCUUUGUUUCACUGUACACGGGAUGUCAUCAAGUUCAUGAACGAUUGGAUGGUAUUUUGGACCAAUGCCAAAACUUGGGUGGUGGUAGCAGUAUUAUUGCCAACAACCAUGAGCAACAACAAAAGAUCACGGAUGUCUUGCACAAGUAUCAAGAAACGAUACGGCGUACGACGCAAAAUCAAAACGAAAUACAAGUGCUGGAAAGGAUCCAAAGGCUGGUUCAAGAAAUGGAUGACUGUGAACAACAGCUUUUGGGUUCACCAACAACGCCAGUACAAGACGUGACACGACAAUAUUUGACCAUCCACGAUGCCUUGUCCAAGGAAGAAGAACACCUUUCUAAAGAAAACGAAUCCGUUACACGAUUAUUACGCGAACAAUACACACAGCUCAGAGAUAAACUGGUAACGACGCUGCAGGACAAAAUGGCAGAAGCAGUUGUAUUUGCGACACCGGAUCCAGAAAACACGCGGACCAUGUGCGUCUAUCCUACUGGCACCGCCAGCAAACAUCCACAGCUGUUGGAUAUUUUCGAAUGCUUCGAUAUGCUCGAUAUAUUAUCUGCAGAAAUGGCCAAUCUCAAGCGCUCCAUAAUGAAGAAUAUUGUAACACCGUUUUUCGAUUAUUGCAGCACGGCACAUAUCUCGAUUCAAGGAAACACGCUGUACUCGCAACGACAUGGACAAAAUGAUGGAGAGGAUAGUCACGCGGAUAUCGCCUGUGCUGUGCUUCACAACAUUGACACGAUGCUUAAGUUCAUCUCAGAGCAAUGCUUCGAUGGACUCGUGGACAAGACGAAAACACGACUGUUUGGUAACUUGAUCCUGCCCGAAAUUUUCCAACAAUUGAUCCAGUACGCCAUUGCGCCCGCUAUCCCUUCCUCUGCUGCUCAACUCGCUACUUUUGACAGCGUAGCCAAUGCUGUUCGUGAAGUGGAGCACAACUGUAUUCAACAAUAUGGAUUUUUGAGCGACGAUAACGGUGAGCCUAGCUCAAUCACGGUCUACGUCGACAAUGUGGAUAGUCAUUUCGCGACCAAACGACGCGACAAAGUAUUACUGGAAGGUCGUCGGGUCAUGCUACGUCAACUAUACGAAGUCGAAGACAUUGUUGACAUGGACACGAAAACCAACACUUUACAACAAUACCAAAUCACACAAACACCCAAACUGCUGUCAUUGUUACUAAUUGAUACGGUCAAGGAAGCCAACAACCUACGACAACAAGGAUCACAUCCUGUCUCGGUCACCGGAUUACUUGGUGUCGUAUAUGAUCUUCUCGACUUGUAUCGUGCCAUCAUGCCUCAAUUCCAUCGAUCACAGUUCUUGUCGAGUCCACAAUCUGCGCUGGUUUUUCGCAACGAUUGUUAUUGGUUGGCCAACUCGUUGACAAAAGACCUCGUAUCUACUGUCCAGAACGACGGCACCACAGACUUGAGUGAGAAAUUACAAGGCGCUGUGGAUAAUGUACGAACUUUAGGCGAGUCGUGGUUUGAGCUGGCUAUGGCACAAUGGGUCCGUGUCCUCCAUAAGGCGCUCGACAAGACAAAAAAAUUCGUUGGGAUUGCCGAAAACCGUCAACAACAACAAGCUUGUGACGAAGCUAUUGCCCAAGUAAUCGACCAAAUACGAAGCUACGCCGUAACCCUCCGCACCGUAAUCUCUGAACGCGUCUAUUUUGACUUGGUGAGCCGCGUAGUGGAUAGUGUCCUCACACAUUUAAUGGGCGACAUUGAAGAUUUGCAAGAUAUUGGUGCCGACGACUCCCACUUGAUUGCCCAAAGCUUAAACAGUCUGAUUCAAUUAGUCGACGUAUUUGACUCUAGUCAAGGACAACCGGCAACAGAACCUCAAGUCAUGCAGCGUGUUCCUAGCUGGCGCAAGUUUUGGUUCUUGAAGGAUAUGCUCGAGAUGAAUUUGCGUGAUAUCAUGGACCAUUAUCGACGUGGCGAGUUGUAUACUUUUGAGAAGAAAGAGUUGAUCCAUUUGAUCUGUGCUCUGUUUGCUGAUACGGAUUUGCGGGCGUCUAUGAUUCGAGAGAUCCAGACGACUAGUCCACCGCCGCCAUCCAUGCUUUCGCCCACUACGACCUCAUCAUCGUCGCCAUCGCCAUCCGUGGAGCAACAUCGGUCAGCAUCACCUUUCACCCCUCAGAAACAACAACCACAAGACGAAAAGCCAUUGACCCCCAAGACAAGUUCCCUGGCCAUGGUUUCGCAGGAGGAUAACAAUGAAGGGGAAGAAGGAGGUGAUGGAUGGGGUUGGGAUGACGAGCCAAUUAUCCCUUCACAACACGUAGAAAGAAGAGAAGAUGAAAAGAAACAACAACAGCCAAGGACAACGAGCUCUUUGUCCAUGAUGGAUCACGAUGCAGGAGCAGCAGAUGGCUGGGGCUUCAAUGAUGACGACGAGCCAAUGGUUAUUCCACAAGAGCAACCCAAGGACCUUACCAAAAAGAAGACCUCCUUAUCAAUGGAGCUAGACGAUAACGAUGAACAGGAAGAAGGAGGAUGGGGCGAUGAUGACGAGCCUCUCAUAAUCCCUCAAGAAAGCGACAACAAGGAACAUAAGAAUGAAAGAAAAGCAGACGACGACGAAAAGUCGAGAGAUGUUCCGAAAAAGACAAGACCGCUGUCUAUGCUACAACUCGAUGACGUGAACGAUGAAGAAGAGCAAGGAUGGGGACUCGACGAUAAUGAACCACUCACUAUUCCGCAAGAACAUCAAGAGGAACAACAGCCAUCCAUGAUGCAGUUAGAUAACGUCGUCCAUGGCAAACAGGCUUCCAAAGCUUCUUCAGAAACGGAUACAGCGCAACCUGCUCCAGUUAAUAUUCAACAAGAGAAAGAAAAAGAAUCGACAUCGAAGAAAACGAACUCUUCUCUAUCGAUGGCACAAACCGAAGAAGGCAAUGGUUGGGGUUGGGAUGAUGCAGAUGAAGAUGUCAACUGGAAUAAUCUACACUAA